AUGGGCAGGGGCAACCACGGUUAUGACGUCUUUGACAUGUGUGACAUGUUUGGUGGAGGAGGUGGCUAUUACGGUGACGACUUUCACGGUUUGAACAAGGGAAGUUUCGCCCAGGUGUCCAAUCGAGCAAUGAGUGCCCUCUCAAGUGCCAAAUCUCAUUUCCUUGAACAUUUAAAAACCGUCGAUACUAGCAGGGGUUCGGUGUCGCACGAGAUCAUCCGGUUUCAUCUCGUUGCUGACACGCGAAAGCAGUUUGCGCAGUUUGUCAAGGAGUACGAUUGCACCGCAACAUUCAGACAACUCACACGCGAAGAGCAGGACAGAUUCUACAAAAAGCGCAAAUCGCUGAUCCAUUUUACUUCCGUAACUGUCACCCCUGAGGCCCAACAAGCCUACUUCUUGAAAAACCCUGCCAUACCGAGGCCAGCGACUCUCGCAACUGCGACUAUACCAGCUGCAUCACCGGCGCCAUGCAGGUCGAAAGUUGGUCCAUUGCAAGAUGCUUUCAAUAAGAAAGCAAAGCAGAAACGAAACGAAGCAGCCGCCAAAUACGCUGCGUCUAACUCAAGCGUAAAAAAGAUCAACACCUUUUUCAAAAAGAAAACAUGA